AUGUGAUGCGGUGCAGUCACAUGACACUCAGCUUGAUACCAGGAAGAGAUGCAGCUCAGGGGGAAAUCCAGGAAGUAGAGGACAGUCAUGUUCAGCCUGCAGCAACAAUACUGACAUCGUUUGUUUAGAUCAGCCGUGCAAGCUAAAGUUUCAGAAAUGGGGCCCUUGGCAGUAACUCAGCUCCUCGCUCUGAUCACUCUGACUGUGGCACUAGACAACGGAUUGCUGAAGACUCCACCUAUGGGAUGGAUGGCCUGGGAACGCUUUCGCUGUGAUGUUGACUGUAAAGAUGACCCAGUGAACUGCAUCAGCGAGGUUUUGUUCAGAGACAUGGCUGACCGGCUGGCUGAGGAUGGCUGGAAGGAGCUGGGCUACGAGUAUCUGAUCAUAGACGACUGCUGGAUGUCCAUGCUGAGAGACGAACAAGGGAGGCUGCAACCUGAACCCUCCAGGUUCCCAGGGGGCAUUGCAAAACUGGCACGGUAUGUCCAUGACCGUGGCCUGAAGCUUGGUAUCUAUGCAGACAUGGGCACUCACACAUGUAUGGGAUUCCCUGGCACCACACUGGAUAAAAUCAAGCUCGAUGCCCAGACCUUUGCCAGCUGGGGGGUGGACUAUCUGAAGUUUGAUGGCUGCUCCUCAAAUCCUGUAGAACAAAUGCUGGGUUACCCUCUGAUGUCCAAGGCUUUGAAUGCUACAGGCAGACCUAUGGCCUACUCCUGUAGUUGGCCUGUCUAUGUGGGAGGCCUUCCACCUAACGUGAACUACACUUUUCUGGGUGAUAUUUGUCACCUAUGGAGGAAUUACUAUGACAUCCAGGACUCAUGGGACAGCGUGCAAGGCAUCGUUGACUGGUACUCCAACAACCAGGAUGAUCUGCAGCCAGCUGCGCGGCCUGGAGGGUGGAAUGACCCUGACAUGCUCAUCAUUGGAAACUUUGGUCUCAGUGUGGACCAGGCUCGCUCUCAGAUGGCUCUGUGGGCUAUAAUGGCCGCUCCUCUCAUCAUGUCCAAUGACCUUCGAAACCUGGACAACGCUGCGAGGGCCAUCCUGCAGAACAAAGUAGCUGUUGCCAUAAACCAGGACCCCAUGGGAGUCCAGGGGAGACGCCUGCUGAAGGAGAAGACUCGUAUUGAGGUUUACUGGAGGCCUCUGUCUCAGUCAGCCAGUGCCCUCGUGUUCCUGAGUCGACGGACAGACAUGCCCUUCCUCUACCGCACCUCUCUGGCUAAACUCCACUACGAUGCUGGCAACUAUCAGGCCUACGAUGUGUUUGCUGGCUCCGAGAUGCCGGGGUUUAACGCCACCACAGAGAUUACCGUCUCCAUCAAUCCCUCAGGUGUCGUCAUGUGGUACGUCUACCCAGAACAACAGUCCAAACAGACGGAGAUACUCCACGGACGGAGCUUCCACGAAGCUAAAGCUGGGCGUCACACUGUCUUAUGAUGGAGUCAUUGACUUACAGGCUUGAAUCAAAACCAUGUCAACUUGAUUUUGACAGUUGUUCUUUUGCACUGAUGUACAGUAGAAACCAAACAGAACUUUUUUAUGAUUUUCUGUUCUUUUUUUUUUAAAUUGUUUUAAUUGUUUCCUUCAGUUUAAUAAAACGUUUACUAUUUGG